AUGUCCGACGGUGCAGCUGCAGCUUCGGAGGUCCCGCUUCUACAUGGCGCUCAGACGAAGAGUGCCGCCAAGAAAGAGGUAAAGCGACGAGAAAAAUUAGCCAAGUUAGCUGCAAAAUCCUCCAAUGCAACCACACCCACUGUUGGCGCCUCGAAAACCCCGGCUGAAAAGAGCACUAAAGAAGAAGAGGUGUUUGUGAUUACUACUCCGAAAGGCGAAAAGAAAGACUUUUCGCAACCGAUGGCUAGUGGAUACAAUCCCGUAGCCGUCGAGUCAGCUUGGUACGAUUGGUGGGAGGCUCAAGGAUUCUUCCAUCCCAGGUUGACAUCGCAGGGAGAACCUGUGUCAAAGGAAGUCUUCGUCAUUCCUUGUCCGCCUCCAAACGUUACGGGAAGUCUUCAUAUCGGUCACGCGUUGACCACUGCAAUUCAGGAUAGCUUGAUUCGAUGGAAUCGCAUGCUUGGGAAGACCACCCUUUUUGUUCCGGGAUUUGAUCACGCUGGUAUAUCUACCCAAUCCGUGGUAGAGAAUCGUCUGUACAGAGCUUCAGGCAAAACCCGGCAUGACCUCGGCCGUGAAAAGUUUCUAGAGACUGUUAUGGAUUGGAAGAACGACUAUCAAUCUCGCAUCACCAACCAGCUACGGCGUCUUGGCGGUAGUUACGACUGGACACGUACGGCGUUCACCAUGGACAAGAAUUUAUCUGAAGCCGUGGUGGAGACUUUCUGUCGUCUGCAUGAAGAUGGUAUCAUCUAUCGAGCCAACCGCCUUGUAAAUUGGUGUGUCAAAAUGAACACCACUCUUUCGAACCUAGAGGUGGAGACAGUGACUAUCCCGGGAAGAACACUGCUUAACGUUCCCGGAUAUGAUUCUACGGAGAAGUUCGAGUUUGGGGUCAUGGUAUCGUUUGCCUACUUGAUCGAGGAUUCGGAUGAUAAAAUCAUUGUUGCCACGACUCGGCCUGAAACCAUGGUCGGUGAUACUGCCAUUGCCGUGCACCCCGAUGACCCACGUUAUAUGAAAUAUCACGGGAAAUUCGUGGUGCACCCGUUCCUGAACCGUCGUCUUCCUAUUGUGACCGACAUGCACGUUGAUAUGGAGAAGGGUACUGGUGCGGUCAAGAUUACACCUGCCCACGAUGAAAAUGACUAUGGGAUCGGAAAACGCCAUAACCUAGAGUUCAUCAACAUUCUCAACGAUGACGGGACUUUCAACGAGAAUGCAGGGGAACGCUUCAAGGGUAUGAAACGGUAUCAUGCUCGGGUAGCGGUUGUUCAAGCGUUGAAGGAUACCGGUCUCUAUGUUGAAACGAAGGAUAACCCAAUGGAAAUCAGGAUCUGCAGCAAGUCUGGUGAUGUCAUUGAGCCUAUUCUGAAGCCUCAAUGGUAUGUGAAAUGCACUCCAUUGGCUCAAGAAGCUAUCAAGCGUACGAAAGCUGGCGAGCUUCGCAUCAUGCCGCAACAAUCCGAGAAUGAAUGGUAUAGAUGGCUGGAGGGUAUUCAAGACUGGUGCAUUUCUCGUCAGUUGUGGUGGGGACACCGGUGCCCAGCUUACUUCGUGCGAAUAGAGGGUAGAAAUCAGGAUACGAGUGACGACGACUGGUGGGUCGUAGGAAGGACUAGACAUGAGGCAAUGGAACGUGCGCAAGUUCUAGCGAACGGUGACCAAUUCACCCUUGAGCAAGACGAAGAUGUUCUUGAUACUUGGUUCUCCUCUGGUCUCUGGCCGUUCUCUAUUAUGGGCUGGCCUGAGAAUACACCGGAUUUGCAAAUAUUCUAUCCGUCUACAGUCCUGGAAACUGGUUGGGACAUUCUUUUCUUCUGGGUAGCACGCAUGGUCAUGCUUGGUAUCAAACUGACUGGAAGAGUUCCAUUUCGAGAAGUUUACUGCCAUGCUAUGAUUCGUGACGCCGAAGGCCGAAAAAUGAGCAAAUCCAAAGGGAACGUCAUCGACCCUAUCGAUGUCAUGGAAGGUAUAACCCUCGAAGAGCUCCGCGCAAAGCUUCUGGGGGGGAACUUAGACGAGAAGGAAAUCAAGAAAGCCCGAGAAGGCCAGAAGAAGUCUUUUCCAAAGGGUAUUCCGCAGUGCGGAGCAGACGCACUGCGAUUCGCGCUAUGCGCUUAUUCUGGAGGAGGUCGUGACAUCAAUCUGGAAGUGCUUCGUGUGGAGGGUUACCGCAAGUUCUGUAACAAGAUAUUCAACGCUACAAAGUUCGCUAUGCUGAAACUCAACGGGGAGUUCAUACCCUGGCCUCAGGCCACGCCUAGCGGGCGAGAAAGUCUCGUGGAACGGUGGAUUCUUCAUAAGUUGAAUGUUGCUGCCGCCGAGAUCAACACGCACCUUGCAGACCGAAACUUCAUGUCGGCCACUAGCUCUGCUUACAAAUUCUGGCUAAAUGAACUAUGUGAUGUAUACAUUGAAGCGAUGAAACCUAUGAGUGACGAGAUCGCUCCCAGCGAUGUCCGCGAGUCGGUCCAGCAGACCCUAUAUACCUGUCUCGAUUACGGACUGAGAUUACUACAUCCGUUCAUGCCGUACAUAACGGAAGAGCUAUGGCAGCGUUUACCCCGCAGACUUAAUGAUCCUACACCAUCCAUCAUGGUGGCCUCAUAUCCGAUAGCAGAUUCAAACUUCGCAUUUGAUGAUGCAAGUCAGCAAUUCGACCUGGUAUUCACAGCUGUCACGAGUGGACGCUCUUUGGCUGCGUCGUACAACUUACAAAGUGACAUUCAGUUAUAUCUUCACAUUCAAUCGCGAGAGGAGGCGGAAGUAUUCGAAUCUCAGCUUCCCACUUUACGCACUCUCAUUAAAGGCUGCAAAAGCGUACAGGUCGUGCACUCUUCUAAGGAGAUCCCAGCUGGAUGUGGUGGUCAAGUCCUAACUCCCACCGUCGCCAUCCAUAUUCUCGUGCUGGGCCUUGUCGAUCUUCGAGCUGAAAUCGCUAAAUGUGAUAACAAGCUAGUCCUCGCUCGCGUAAACAUGCAGAAGAUCGCCAAAGUUGAAUUACAGCCAAACUACCAAUGUAGUGUACCUGCCAAUGUACUUUUAGCUAACACAGAAAAGAAAAAAACAUUGGAGGUCGAGAUAUCGACUCUGGAAUUGUCAAAAGAUAUGUUUAGUAAACUCCUCCCGAACUGA